AGAUUUUAACUUAUGCACAGUUUAUUGUGAGUUGUGUUAAAUAAAUUCAUUAUUGUCAAAAUAUGUGUGGUGCUACAAGUUGACAGAGUCUACGCGGAUCCUUACGCCUUGUAUUGGAGCCAUUUGUUAAUAUUAUUAAGUACCUAACGUAGCGAAGCGCGAACCAUGUCAGAUCACGAGCAAAUACUAAUCGAGCUACUAAACAAGAUAAUCGCCGAGCAAGCGCUCGUCGCUCCUCGAGUGAAGAUACACCCGAUCAGCAGCGGCGGAGCCAACUUCACCACCCAGCUGUUCCAGGCAACCAUCAGCCUCGGAGACAAUGAGCUGAAACUGUUCGCAAAAGUGGCAGCUGUCGGAGAAAAAUUCAGACAACAACUUCCAGAUUUCCGAUUGUUUGAAACAGAAAAUGAUUUUUACACCAAACUUAUGAAAAUAUACGAAAACCUUCAAGAGAAGCACAAUGUACCGCAAGACAAACGGUUUGUAGCGCCGAAGUGUUACGGAUGCAGCGGCAAGAAGCUGUAUGAAGAAGUCAUUGUUUUGGAGGACUUGUCGGCACAAGGGUUCACAGUGUACGACAGGAUGAAGUCGGUCGAUUGGGACUACGCCUCCAAGGCUGUGGAAGAAAUCGCUAAGUUCCACGCCCUAUCUUUCGCAUUUGAGAAUGAAAAUAAAGAAGAAUUUGACAAAUACUUGUCAGAAUUAACAUUUAAGUGGGAUUCAGAGAAUCCACAGUUCGACGAAAUAAUUCAAAAGGGACUCAGCGUUGUUAAGGAAGAAAAUAGAAGUAGACUAGAAGCGUUUUUAGCUACCUUUUCGUGGAAGAGUUUCGAUGAAAUAUCUAAACCAGCAAAAUUUACUGUACUAGCACAUUGCGACAACAGAGUUAGCAACCAAAUGUACAAAGUACACGAGGACGGUCGAGUAGAGGUCAAAAUUGUGGAUUAUCAGACCAUCCGAGGAGCGUCUCCGGCCCUCGACUUGCUGUACUUCAUCUUCUCUGGCACGGAUGAAAAGUUCCGCGCGGAGCACUACGACAGACUCCUCGACCACUACUACAAUGAGCUCAGCCUUGCCAUGAAGCGCCUGGGCCUCAACCCUGAUGAGAUCUAUUCGAGGGAGGACUUCAAUUUUGAAUACCAAACAGUGAGUGACAUUAAUUAGGUCAAAUCUCAAUAG